GGUUUCCUUAACGCGCUAUAUUUCUCAGAACACAGUGGAUUUUGCAGAUUACCGAUCCCAAUUGAAUCAAUGGAGUCGAUGCAAAGGAGGGUGGAGACAUGGAUCAAGGACCAGAGAGCCAAGAUUCAGAAGGUGUCCCGGGCGCCACUGCAGUGGGGGAUGAGAUGGCAGUGGUUUCCCUGGAACAACGGCGACAGGCAACAGCGCCAGAAGCUCCAGCAGGAGUACGAGAGGCGGAAGCGCCAGCUCCACGAGCUCUGUCUCGCCGUCAAGGCUGAUUCCGUCGCUGAUUUGCAGGACAUUCUCUGUUGCAUGGUCCUCUCUGAGUGCGUUUACAAGAGACCUGCUACUGACAUGGUUCGAGCUGUAAACAAAUUUAAAGCUGACUUUGGAGGACAAAUUGUUUCUCUUGAGCGUGUGCAACCUUCUUCAGAUCAUGUUUCUCACAGAUACUUGUUGGCAGAAGCGGGUGACACUUUAUUUGCUUCCUUUAUUGGAACCAAACAGUACAAGGAUGUCAUGGCCGAUGCAAAUAUACUGCAAGGGGAUAUAUUUCAUGAGGAUGUUGUAGAGGAUUUUGACCGGGUUGAACCAACUGAAUGUAACCCAGGUGAAAGGCAGAAAGUAAAUGGAGAAAAUCAGCUGAAUUCCCCUGAAAUAAAACCUAAGCAAAUUAAAGACAAACCUAAACCUGCUGCUCAUAGGGGUUUCUUGGCUCGUGCUAAAGGGAUACCUGCUUUGGAGUUAUACCGGCUUGCUCAGAAAAAGAAACGGAAACUUGUUCUAUGUGGACAUUCACUUGGUGGAGCAGUUGCAGCAUUAGCUACCCUUGCCAUUUUGAGGGUUGUUGCUGUCUCUUCUUCAAAAGAGAAUGAGAAGGUUCUGGUCAAAUGUAUAACAUUUUCCCAACCUCCAGUAGGGAAUGCAGCCUUAAGAGAUUAUGUUAAUAACAAAGGAUGGCAACAUUAUUUUAAGAGUUACUGCAUUCCUGAAGAUUUGGUGCCUCGUUUCCUUUCACCUGCCUAUUUUGAUCAUUACAACUCACAGACAUUAUUAUCAACAAGUGAAGUUGGAGAUGCUGUUUUAUCAACCUCAAAAGAUGAAAGAGGGGCAGAGAAAGGGAGAGCAGAGAAACUAAAAGUGAAUGAAGAGGAGCAGUUGGUUAUGGGUGUAGGCCCUGUCCAGAGUCCUUUCUGGAGACUUUCUAAGCUUGUUCCACUGGAAGGUGUUAGAAGACAAUUAAACAAAUACAGAGGAAAGCAAGUUGGUCCCCUAGAGGCAACUUCAACUGAAUCUGCAACAUCUUCAGUUGAGGAUAUAACUGUUAGACCACAGUCUCUUGAAAUUCAAGAGGGUACUGAUGGCAUAUCCCUUCGACCUUUUUCUGAGACUGACAAUGGGCCCUUAGAUGUAGCAACCGAAAAGUCAGCAGGAAAAAACAACACCACUGGUGGGGAUAAUGGGAGAUGGAAAAGGCUGCCAUAUUUACCUUCUUAUGUACCAUUUGGACGGGUAUUUAUUAUGGUCUCUAUUAUUUAUUUUAUUAUAUUAAUUUUCUUUGAGGUACAUGCUUGGAGAAUGGAGACAUGAAAGCCAGAAGUUCUUGCUAAUUUUUCAAUAAUGAAUUGGCUUUGUUGGUAACAUGAAAUUAUUUGUCAAUUAGCAUUUUGAUGGGAUUGUUUCUAUUGUGUUGAUGUGUUCUCAAUUAGCAAUUUUUAUUUCUCAUAGGCAGUCAUAGCCAAACUUUGAAUGUCUGCCUAGGUAUGUUUCAUGAUAUCUUACAUUUAUGAAAUUAUUAAGGGUUUUCUGUAGAAUUCUCUUGACUAGUAUUCUGAAGUGUUAUUCAGCUGUCCUUUGUGUCUGGCAUGAAAGCUUAAGCAUUCAGGGUUUUAAUUAGGACAAAUCAAGUACAUCCCUUUGCACUCAUUAAGAUAUAUUUGGGAGCUUAGAUGCUUUUGAAAAAUGUGUACACCUGUCUCCUAUUAUCCCACACUUAUUAAAGAAAGGCAGAGGAGUAGGACAAAGGAAUAAGAACUUCUAGUUGUCUCACCCUUAAGAUCCAUUUCUUUUCCUGGAAGUUGUUUUUGUUACCAAUAUACUGGAAUCUUAG